GUGAUGACGUGAUCUGCUCUACAGGAAGUAAAUAAAGCGCCUUCCCGCGCAGUCGCACGCUUUGAAAACGAGCCGUAAAAUGGAUGAGCUUUAUUUAGAUAACAUCGACGAGUAUGUCAACGACCAGGACAAAAUCGUUACAUAUAAAUGGCUGAGUCUCGCUCUUGGAGUGCACGUCAACACAGCUAAACAAAUGCUCUACCACUACUUGGACCACAAAAGGAAGGAGAGCUCGGCUCGGCUCCACGCAACGUACUUGGUGUCGGGAAAGUUUGUAGACAAUGGUCACACGAGUCACAAGGUGUCCGUGGUGCGCGAGGAACAGCUGGAAGACUUCAAGUCCAAGAUGGGUUUGAUCGUGAGCGAGCAUGUUUACAGUGUCCAGAAAGCUCUGCUGAGGGACAGUGGGCCGCUCUACGCUGUCGAUUACGACGCUGUCAAAGACAACCUGCUCAGCUGCGGCAAGCAUAGCGCCAUCCGAUGCUCCGACGCCGUUCCCGUGUCCCCGGUCGAAAGAAAAACGCGGCAAGCUCCGCCCACUCCUGUUCCAGAGCCCCAACAGGGCAAGAAGCCCACCGCAAACGGCGAUGUUGCGUCUUCAAAAGCCAAGCCGGCUAAGGGCAUCAUGGGAAUGUUCGCUAGCAAAGCUGCAGCGGCUGAGAGCCAAAACGGCGGCAAAGAGGUGAAGUCAGAGCCUCGGGAAGCUGCCGCUGAGGUGAAUGUCUUCAAAGGUAAAGCAUUGACAAAGUCCAAUCACACGCUGAACUUCUUUGGAAAUCAAAGCACGAAGAACCAAGAGAAACCUGUGAAGAAGGAGGAAGAAGAGACAGUGGAGUCUUCGUCGGCAGAACUGCAACAGCUGAAAAAAGAGCCAGAACAAAAGGUCACAACAGAACCGCCAAAGCACAACAAGAAAAAUUCAAGGAGUAAAACCAAACGCCUGCAAAGUUCUGACAGUGAGGAGGAGAAGAUGGAGAAAAAGAAACGACGCCGGAUCAAGAAGCCUGUGCCUGACAGCAGUGAAGACGAAGACGUUAUUCCAGAUUCACCGCCACAAACAGCUGUUAGAGAAGUGGCGCCGCUGGACGUGCCAGCUAAAGAACCUGCUUCACAUCCGGGACUCUGCGAGACGACGAAAAUACGCAAGCGCAGACGUGUCCUUAAGUCUCGAACCUUUGUGGACGAAGAAGGCUGCAUCGUGACGGAGAAAGGCUUCGAGAGUGAGUCGUACUCAGAAGACGACAGCGCCGUCAAGCAAGCGGAGACUAAAAUACAGGUCAAAGCCAAAACCUCGACGAGCAAAGAGAAGAAAAGUCAGAAGAAAAGCACAGAGAACAAAGCCACCAAACAAGCUUCUAUUAUGGGAUUUUUCCAAAAGAAGUGAUGGACACACACACGUACACUUACACACUGUUCAGAAAGUUCUGGUGCUAUCAUACAGAAGUGAUGAAACUCAAUAAACAUUCAAUAGAUA